AUGAAGAAAUUUUAUGUAGCAGAUACCAAAUCUAGCAGCAGCAAUUAUCAAUCUCUCAAAAAUCUCAAUACUGGCACACCUCAAAAUCAUACGCUCAGAUACACCCAAAGUGAACACAGUCAGCGACGCAUCUCACAGCUGGCCAAAAUUGACCUGGUGGCAAAACGGCACUUUACCAACUCUUCCAUCUUCCGCAUCGACAUUAUGAGCAGUGUCUUUGCCCUCAUUACAUCAGAUGAAGAUUCACAGGCCUGUGAGCGCGUGGAAUUAGUGAUGGAUGAAGUGGUAGGAAUACGAUUCUGUCGCAUACCUAUUCCCGUACGUCAUUGGAACAUUCGAGUUAUGAAACAUAAUUAA